AUAUAUAUGUUAAGAAGAAUGACAGAUAAAGUAGAGUCAAUAUCAAUUGUUGGAGCAGGUCUUGCAGGUUGUGCAUUGUCUGUGUUGUUGUCUAAUGCAGGCUACUCAAACAUUAAUGUCUAUGAGAAGCGACCAAGAGAGAACGACGCUACAUCGUUGGUGAACAGAGCAAGAUCGAUCAACUUGGCAUUGUCCGAUCGUGGCAUCAAGACACUGACUGAAGCCGGUCUCAUGUCGGAGAUCGACAGCAUCUCGAUCCCAAUGCGCGGCCGCAUGAUCCACACAAUCGACUCGCAGACCAGCUUCCAGCCCUACUCGUCCAACUCCAACAAGCAUCUGCUCAGUGUUUCGCGACAACUGCUCAACGAGAAGAUGCGCAACUACGCCGAGAAGAACUCCUCCGACAAGGUCAAGUUCCACUACGACGUCGCGUGCAAGGAUGUCGACCUGCGCAAGAACCAGUUCACGCUGGUCAACAACACGACCAACGAGCGCAACACCGUUCACUCAGACACCAUCAUUGGCGCUGACGGUGCCUUCUCGGCCAUCCGCCAAGCAUUGACCCGUCAGGAUCGCCAGGAGUACUCCCAGUCGUAUCUGGCUCACGGCUACAAGGAGCUAUGCAUCCCAGCCGGACCAAACGGCACAUAUCUGCUCGAGAAGAAUGCGCUGCACAUUUGGCCACGUGGCAGCUUCAUGAUGAUUGCCUUGCCAAACAUCGAUGCAUCGUUCACCUGUACCAUGUUCUUCCCAUUCGAUGGCGAGACUGACAGCUUUGCCGCGCUCGACUCCCUCCCAAAGGUGGACGAGUACUUUAAGAGAGUGUUCCCAGACGCUCAUGCACUCAUGCCAACUCUCUUGGAGGACUGGGAGCUCAAUCCUACAUGCUCUCUCGUCACUGUCAAAACCUACCCAUGGUCCCUCGAGCAUCGCGUCACCCUGGUUGGAGACGCUGCACACGCCAUUGUCCCAUUCUAUGGUCAGGGCAUGAACGCCGCCUUUGAGGACGUUCUCGAUCUAUACCAAUGUAUCAUUGCCGAGCAGGACAAGUCCAGCAAGGUGCUCAGCACGGCCAGCUUGAAGCGCGCCUAUUCCAACUACCAGGUGCAUCGCAAGGACAACUCGGACGCCAUUGCCGAGAUGGCAGUAGAGAACUUCAUCGAGAUGAGAGACAGCGUUGCCAACCAGGUCUAUCAGUUCAAGAAGAAGUUGGAGCACGCACUGGAGGAGAAGUUCCCACGUCGUUACAUCUCUCGCUAUGAGCUCAUCUCCUUCUCGAGGACACCCUACGCACUUGUCCAAAAGGUGUCGGUCGUCAAUCAAAACAUCCUCAACAAGUUGAUCGAGGGCACCAACUUUGACAUCACCAAAGUGGACUUUACAUUAGCCGAGAAGAUGAUCAAUGAUUUACUUGUACCAUUCAACCUGGCACAGCACCUACAGCAA